UUGUGUUCGCGCCGCACUGAGGUCGGAAGCAGGUUGAUCGAAGCCGCACCGCUUUAGCCAGACAAAGAUGAGGCGGUGAAAUAUAAAAUACUUCAAACUUGCGUCUAUUCCGAACUGUUUUAUUGCCAUUUCUGUAAAAAUGACGACCACGACGACAUAUCAAGGGAUGGAGCCUAAUGCUAAAAACAGCUCCAGGGUUUUGCGUCCUCCCGGCGGCUCCUCCAACAUUUCGUUCGGCUCAGACGAGAGCAAAACUCCCGCUCGCAAAGACAAGAUGGCCUCCAGCGUUUUUGCCGAGCCAGAAGACCCUUACGCUAAUCGAAGGAAUAAUCCGCCAGGUGGGAAGCCGACCGGCGUCCUGUGUGGCGAGUCGUCAGCCCCUCUUAGGAGAGGCGGAGUCAACUCAGCAGAUGCCCCCUUGUUGGAGGGAGACACGCCUGUAUGUGACAAUGGCAGUGACGCUGCUGACCCGGUGGUUGCUCCCCAACGUCAGGAUGAUGCCCCCCCAGCUGAGGAUCCUGCAACUGAACCACCCUCCGGACGUCGGAAUCCCCCGGGAGGAAAGUCCAGCCUGAUCUUGGGUUGAGUCGCUUCCAAAACAGCCCGGCGUCACUCCUUCCCUCCCUGAUUCCUCUUUUCGAAAUAUCUCAAACUGGUACUUCAGACCUGCUCUUCGGUGUCUCCCUCGUGCCAGUUCUCUUCCAAAUCUCAAUUGCUUUGGUUUGGUACCUCCUUGUCGGAACCAUUCUUUCUACUGUUCUUAUUUAUUUUGACAGAAGCACUUUAUGUCGUUCAAGAAACUGCAAGGAUCUCGAAAGAAACCUUUCACUUUCGAAUUUAGUUCUGAACCGCCCCGCAUGCCCGUUUGGUCCUAACCAGAAUCGCAAGUUACGAGACACUCCCUGUUGACAGUUUUUAAAUUCUUUUUUUUCUGUGAUAAGAACAUGUUGUUGUUGUAUUGUGACUGCAUGGGAAGUUGAACCUUUUUACUCGAUGUAAAGAAACAACAUAAGAACAUGGGAAAAUUCUCAAUUCUGCCUUUUUGUAUCGUAGUGGCAAAGCUCGUAAUGUUUUAAUCGCUCCUGUUCACUCUGAAGCAAAGCGUGCCUCUUUUGCGUUGGAAAACUCCGUCAAAGUCGGAUUGUCUGCUUGCAUGUAAAGCGGUGACACAGUUACAUUGCGUUACAUUGCAAAGUCAGCAGAAUGUUGUUGGGCCUGAUGUUAAACAACAUUUCCUACAUUUGACAAGUGACCUUAUGACACAGCUCGGCCUAUGUUUGUUAUUGUUAUGUAUAUACUAUGUUCAUUAUUACACUGCUUGUAUGGGUUAAAAAAAAAAAAAAACACUUCAAACAGCCAAAUUGUUGUGUGACGUUCCACUGUCGUUACAAAUACUUCCCUGUGGCAUACUGAACUGUUUUUUUUUUUAUGUUUGGUUACAUUUAUUGUCCUGAUGCUGGAUGUUGAAGUCGCUUAGGGUUUGAAGAAAUGGCACAAGUGGAAAAUUGGCAUUAAAAAUUAAUUCAGAUCUUG